AUGGACCCGCUCAGCGUCGCCACCGCCGCGUCGAGCCUCGUCUUCUGCGUCGUGCGCAGCGGCAAGGCUCUGGCGGGCAUCUACGAGAAAUACCACGACGCCCAGCGUUGCGUCUUCAUGAUGCAGACCGAGUGCACCGUGCUGGCCGCCGCGCUAUCCCAGCUCCAGAUGCACUUCUCGACCGUGUCCCGCUCCGCAGCAGGAGCCAUGGACCGGUACCCGGACUUCGUGGUCGAAGCCAUCGACCUCGCGCUGGUCGGAUGCACGCUAACUCUGUCGGUGCUGAGCAAGGAGAUCGAGAACUUGACAACAGCAGACAGUGGCAAUAACAAUCCUCUUGACAAGGCCGCCAGGCUGGCAAGAGGCAAGAAGAUCAAGUACGUCUGGAAGGAAGACACCAUGAACGAGCUCCUGGAACAGCUGCGCGGCCAGAGCGCGGCACUGAAUCUGCUCCUCCGAGCCCUCGACUCGUCCUCGAUCGAUCAGAUCCUGUCCAUCCUGCGGUCGGGCCAGGACACGUUCCACCAGGUCCAGCGGGGGGCGGCGUCCAUCCGACAGACGCACCCUCAGGAGCACUAUGCGGAGAGCAUCCUGGAUAUGAAGUUUGAUGACACGCAGACUCUGUAUUCCUUGGACAACUACAAGGCCUUGCAAGACGACGAUGAUCAGGACGAGAUCAUCCCAUCUCUCGCUACGAUGGGCUUGGGUUCAAACCGGAGCACCCCCAACUCGCAACCCGCAUCGACGGGUGUCCGAACCCCUGGAGGAGGACCACAGAGACAUUAUGAUGCGAAACAUGACCUGUGGUACACCGUCGAUCCGUAUACUGGCGAAGCCCGCUAUCUCCCGAAACUAUCUCCCCGUAAUAGUCCAGCCGCCACGGAUCCUCCCCAGCCAAAGCCAGCCGUAACCAGAAAGCCAGUGCCAGUGACAAUACCGGCAGUGGAGUCACGAUCGAAGCAAACCCCGACGAUCAAGAAUGCUCAGCCCGCACGGGAACCCGCACAACCACGCCCUUCCUCCGCGCCAGAGCAGCCGCUGGACUUUGCGCCGUGGAAGAUGAACACGGACGCAAAGUUCCGGACCGCCCUCGAAAACCUGCGCAAGGAGAAGUCUGCGCCGGCCAUGGCGGUGGGCAUCGUGUCGGCCAUGGCGGUGGGCAUCGUGUCGGCCAUGGCGGUGGGCAUCGUGUCGGCCAACGCGCCACCCACCGUUCAGGUCGUCGGGUAUCGGCGGCAGGGUAGCGCGACGGCGGUGACACGCGCCGACUGCUUCGUCGUGGCCAACAGCAACGUUUUUACCACCACGGCGCUGGGCGUGUUAGUGGAGAGGGGCCUGUUCCGGUGGGACGAGACGGUCCUAGACCUCUUCCCAUCGCUGGCGAGCCGUGUGCACCCGUUCCACCACCAGACCACGUUGGCGAUGCUGGGCGCCCACCUCUCCGGGUUUGAGGCCUACAUCACCGGCGUCGAGGAGGGCGAGCUGUUCGACUACAUCCGCCACGGCGGAGCCAGCGUCGAGCAGCAGCGCCUGGCCGUGGCCAUGUCGUACCUGGGCCGGCCGCCGGACAGGACGCCGGGGAGAACGGGCGGGUACUCGUGGAACUGGGCCAACCCGAUCCUGAUCGCCGCGGCCAUGGAGCAGCGCACGGGCACCCGGCUGGAGAAUCUGGUCAAGUGGCUCGUCUUCGACCCGCUGGAGAUGUACUCGGCAGGGUUUACGGACACGGACAACCACCAUUCCCACUCCAAUCCCACACAACCCUGCGGCCACUCGGCCGACACGAGGCUGCCGCUCGACCUGGCCCAGCACGUGUUCCACCGCGGCGCCUUCUCCGCGUCGACGGGCAUCUCGUGCUCGGCGCCCGACUACGCGGCGUUUGUGGGCAUGCACCUGUGCGCGGCGAUGGGGCUGCCCACGGCCGUCCUCCUGCGUGGCAUCGACGAGGGCACCACUCUUACGACUCCAUCUGCGACGACGACGAGGAGCUUCUUCCACACCAGGCUGGUGCCCGAACAGAUCUCGACGCCCGGGGGCUGGAUCACCGCGACGCGUGACUGGGCCGGUGCCCAGGACGCCGUGUGGCUCGACGGCCGCUGCGACGGCUGGGCCUGCACGACCUGGAUCGCCCCCGCCACGGGCAAGGCGUACUUCGCCCUCGUCAACGUCGAGGGAGAUCCGGGGGUCAAGAUCGCGGACGAUGCCGUGAGUUUGGUCAUUCGCCAUGCAACGCGUUGA